AGCUAUCACAACUUGGAAGUCAAGAAUGGUCAGUCUAAUGUUCGUUAGUUCGGCCUCAUGCUUACGCUCUUCUCCAUUAAAAAUUACCAUGGCUAGUUUGGACUUCGAGAUCAAGAAACUUGGUGGUAGCACAACAAAACUUGUUCGGAACGUGAAUUUGGAGAAACUAAAGAACAAUUAUUUGUUUCCUGAAAUCAACAGACGUGAGCUUGAGCACGUUGAAAAGCAUCCAAAUGUACAAGUGAUAAGCCUUGGGACUGGUGAUACAACAGAGCCUAUUCCAGAGCACAUAAGCUCACACAUGUCUCGCGUAUGAAUUUUCUUUUCUUCUUUAGCAUAAUUUACAUUUCUUCAUUGCUUUUUUUUUUCGAGUGUUGUGUGUUUGUGGUAACUGGUAAGCCCUAAAACUUAUGGAUGAUCCUACGUACCGACGUGAAUAGUCUUAUUUUCUUACGUGAAUGCUUAAACUGGUCAACUCAUACAAAUCGUCUUCCUGACUGGACUAUCUCAAAAGUCAAAUGUCGUUCUCUUCUUGCU